UGACAGUCAGAAUGAAUUCGCAUUGCUGUCUACUUUAGCAGCCCCUGCUUUUCCUUCUCUCCGGUAUCAGUGUACCGUGGCCAAAAGUCAUCGUCCUAAAUGAUUCGUCCUAGAAUACUCUAAAUUGUCGUUGGUUGACGGAGCUACUGAUCUCGUGAACCCUGAAGCCUGUUGUUCCGUCUCGCUAGUUUUCUGCUUCUUCAGGCGCCCUAGGCGGCCGUGGUCUUGUCGCCGGAUGGGCAUUUCCAUGCAACAACUAGGGCACGAACUCCAGGAGGACAACCAACUCACCAGCUCUUCACCAUCACAAUCUUCGUUUCCUCUGUCUUCUUCGCCCUUCCUCCCUAGGAAACCCCUCACCCGCACCAUGACCAUCAUCGUCAUCACAAUCACUGCCCGGGCUCGUCCCUCUCUCCACUACUUCCUAGCAGAUGAGCGUGCCCAGGUUGGUGAAGCACAUGCUGGUCCUUUUGUGUGUGUAUGUGUGUGUAUGUGUGCGUGUUCUCGGCGUAAGAAAGAAACAAAGGCGGUCACUGAAGGUGCGGCCGAGUGGGUUGGGGUGUCGAACACGUCCGCUCAGGUAAUGUCUCGCUCCAGGGAUCAGAGUCCAGACAGCAAGUCCCAGAGGGCUGCUUGCCCAGAUAGCGGGUUGAAUAGACACAACCCCCAAGAUAUCUCGCCGGAUAAGAUGGUUGUAUAGAGGAAUAUCGACAACAUCGUACUGGAAAAUGACGGGGCAUGCUCAAGUAAGAUGCAAUCUGCCGUGGACAUUCUUCAGGUGGAAGAGGAAUGUCGCCACUACCAUAUCACAAAGUGAAAUAACUGUUCUCGGCAUUCAUUUUGUCAGGUGAAACACAUAGUCUCCAGGCCCACAUCUCAUUCGGUAUAGCGCACGG